GAAUAUGGGGCGGGCAUAGAGCCACUGCCGGUAUUGGAAGAGCCGCUGCAGGCAGGCGGAUGGCUGUGCGCUGCCUGCUCAAUGAGAGCAGAGCAGCGCUGCAGAGAUGGUUGCCCGAACUUGGGGGACGAAGCGGGACUAACUUCAGCCGCCUCCACGGGGUUGCCAGCUGCAGCCGCCCUGCGCGGAGGGCCUCUGGGGAGACCCGGACUUCCUCUCCCACUUUUGGGUUCCUCUUUGAUAUCGAUGGAGUGCUUCUCCGGGGACAGUACGUGAUUCCUGCCGCCAAGAAAGCCUUCCGGAAACUCAUAGAUUCCACGGGCCAGUUUUGUGUGCCAGUUGCGUUUGUCACCAAUGCUGGGAACUGUUCUCGGGAUGGCAAGGCCAAAGAACUGUCCAGUGCUCUGGGAUUUAAGAUUUCUCCCGAACGGGUGAUCCUCUGCCACAGCCCUUUGCGCCUAUUCCGCAAGUUCCAUGACAAGUGCAUGCUGGUAUGCGGCCAGGGCCCUGUGGCACAGAAUGCCAGGGACCUGGGAUUCCAGCACGUCAUCACCAUUGAAGAUGUAAGGAAGGCGUUUCCUUUGCUUGAUAUGGUUGAUCAAAGCCUAAGGCCAAAAGUACUGCCUCCUCCCACCACCGAUUUCCCCACCAUAGAGGGGGUAAUCCUGUUUGGGGAGCCAAUUCGGUGGGAAACGUGUCUGCAGCUGAUUAUUGACGUGAUCCUCAGCAAUGGGAAUCCAGGGGUUGAGCUCUCAUCUGUGCCAUACCCACAUCUGCCUAUUCUGGCCUGCAACAUGGAUCUCUUGUGGAUGGCAGAAGCCAAAAUGCCAAGAUUCGGCCACGGCACUUUCCUUGUGUGCCUGGAGAGCAUCUACAAGAAAAUGACGGGCAAGGAGCUGAAGUACGAGGCCCUGAUUGGCAAGCCCAGCACCGUCACUUACCGCUACGCUGAACACGUUAUCAAGCGGCAGAUGGAGAGUUGUGGCUGGAAGUCCCCUCUGCGCCAUCUGUAUGCUGUUGGGGACAACCCAAUGGCUGAUGUUUACGGGGCAAACCUCUACAACCGUUACCUCCAAGCUCAGGCUGAAGUAAAUGUGACUGCGAUGGCUGCUGAUCCCAAGGUCGAGGAAUGCCCCAAGGUGAAGAAAGAUCCCGCUGUCUCGCUCAGCUGUGUGCCAAGCUGCCAGUCUAUUCUGGUCUGCACUGGGGUCUACAAUCACCGUGGAGAUGUGCCGGCUGACUGUAAGAUGAGCACGAUGGAGACGGUAUUCCACGGGCACCGGGACUUCCACUUUGACCCCAGCCUGGUAGAGGCUUCUCACGUUGUUCGUGACGUGGAUGAUGCAAUCGAACUUGUCUUUCAGAAAGAGAACUGGAAAAGGGAGUGACGCGCGCCUGCUGUUUGCAACUCACUUGGAGAUGCAAGGGUAGAGCUCAGUUAAUUCUUUAACCCAAGCCAAAGUAAAAGAAGAUUCUCCACUUUUGUUUUUUGUUUUUGGUGGGAUUGUAAAAAACGAAAAAAGCAAAACCUGAGCCCUGACCCUAAUCUUAGUGAAUGAGGGAUUCAUUAGGGCACAUAUAUAACCUGAUUUGAAAUCCUGGCAUCAGUUACCACCAGAUUAAAACCACAGUUUUUUGCUAGGUAACCUGAUGUUUCCCACCCUGAGCCUUGUGGUGCAGGGGAGGGUGGGGUAAAGUAAAAUAAAUAAUAAAUAGGAUGGGUUCAGCAGUAGAAGGGAUUAGUCUGUCUGGGUUCAAGGGCAAAGCCAUUGCUCCUUGUGGGUUUUUCAUAUCUUGUUCCCAAGUACAGUCAACCGACCACAGUCCUGUGAACCCAAUUUCAGGGGGAAAUUGACUUCUUUACCUAAAGACAGUGUGAGAUUUUGGUGCCAUUUCUACAACACAUCUAAAUGUAACAUAGUUUUUCUUUACCAGAGCUAUCAAGUCCUUCCAGAAGGACUGCUUCCAUUUUGGGGUCUCUCUGUUCCAGAAGUGCCUGUGGGUACUUGUAGUGCGCAAGUACUCAACGUGUUUGAAGAACUGAUUUAUGAAACAUCUUGUACCUGAAAGCCCAGUAGAGAACCUCUCACUAGAGUAGAACAAGCCAUGGGGAGGAUCCCCUCCGUCCCCUACACCUUGCCCAUCAGCUGUCUGGCUUGCGUUUCUCUGCAGGGCCCAGCUAAACUCUCAGGGGACAAGAAAUUUCACUUGCCUCUUCCUGCCCACUCUGCCCACCCCACACUCAGUUGUUUAUUUGCCAGAAUCCAGUCCUUCUCUCCUACCUUUCCUCCCAGUUGUCCACCUGCAAUGCUGCCACUUUGGAGGCAGUGACAGUAGGGGUUCCCAUAGUGGAAUCUCAUUCCUCUUUCUCACCUGCAGCCUUGGUGCCUUCUGUGUGCAUUUCUCCAGGUUGCUACCUGCAUUGCUCACCUGCUUCUGUGCCUCUAGCGCUCCUUUCUCAGCUGCAGGGAGGCGGGCUCUAAUUCCUUCUCCCUCACCUGCACCGGUGCUAGGACACAGGUUUGCAAAAGACUCUUGGCCCUGAUCUGCUGAUUUAAGUAUUGCAAAAGGGAGCCAUGUUGAGGAUUAGAUACAUUGAUUCUGCUUCGGUGAACAAAGUGAAAGCAGGAUAGCUGUUAGGCAUCAUAAGCCUGCCCUCAUGGCUGGCUGCCCCUCAACCUCUUAUCUUGUCUUCCCUGAACCAUUUAUCUUGAAUUAUUGCCAGCUGUGUGCGUCAUUGUCCCUUCUGUUCUUUGGGAAACUGUGCGUCUUGGCAGUACUGAACUUAGUGUGCAAGCACUGGACUGCUAGAGGUCUGUCUGGCAAAAACCAUCAUUAUUCAUCCUAAAUUGCCCAUUUCAAGAGUUGGGGGGGGGGGGAAGACACCCAUUAAAUCCUAAAAUAAAUGGAUUUAGUCUCUUCCGAAUACUAAUGUGUAUGUGUGAGCCUGCUUUGCACCUUUUUCCCCAAAUGGCAAUAUUAAGUCUGUCCAAAGCAAUCCUUUCUCUUUGAAGUAAUUGAAUUCUGGCCGGGUCUGCAGUAAUUCCUGAUGGUGUUCUAGUGUUCUUUUGUUUAGGGCAGUGUGGGUACUUUGACAGUUUCCUUUAGAAAUGAUGGGUCUGGACCCAGAAUCAUGCAUGUGUAGCAGUGAUCAGAUACAAGUUUACUGAAUUGGCUAACGAGGAGAUACUUCUGUUCCUUAUUAAUAUAUAAGCAGUGCCCCAAGUUCUCACCAUGGGUAUGUAACAUAUCCUCUCUUUCUUAUAUCUGUAUAACACAUUAAAUGUUGUUGGUUGACAUGGGAGAUUGGGGAGGCAGAGAUACUGUACAGUUAGAAACUGUACCUUUUAGGUUUGACUUGUGAAAGGACUAAUGUAUCUUUAAGGUCUGGCGGGUAUGGAGUGUUAACUUCCUAUUUUACAAUGUUGACCUGACUAAUGUUGUAGUAAAUAAAAACAUUUCUUGUGCUCUUU